AAUCACUUGAACAGGAUGCCCUCAAAGCCCAGAUGGUUAUUGCCAAGUCCAAGGAGGGGAAAAAGCGCAGCACACUGGAGCAGCUGGCAGAGUCGCCUUCGCCUGUUCCUACCCCGUCACCGACACCACUGGAAGAUUGCAGUCCCAGAAACGUCACUUCACCAGGAAGGCUGUCCAUGUCUGAAAAGAAGUUUGACUACCGGGAAUUUGCUGCUAUUCCUUCCUCCAAACCUGUUUACGAAAUCCAGUCCCCUGAUGCAGCCGAUGACCCAAGAUACGUAGACGACAGAAAUAACUCAGUUCCCCAGGAGCAGGAUGGGCAGCCAGAGGAAGAGGAAAUGUUAGUAACACGUCACUCAUCAACACCUACUUCAUCAGCACUUGAAGAAAUGGCCCUGUACAGCAGCAAACGCAAGCUCCGACACAGCCGGCGCAGCUUGGAGGCUGCUGUCCCGACGUAGAAGAUCGGACGCACGCGGGCGAUGGAGAAGCCCAGCACGGGGCUUUUGAGCUUCUGUGCUCCGGGGACAGCGCCGGACUGCCCA